GUUUCGUUCCGGGGGCCACCACGGAUAAACAAGUUGCGCUAUUCUACGGAAACGGGUUUCCAAAAUAAAUAAAAAAACCUAAUAAUGAAUUGAAGUUUAGUGAAAAAAAGUGCGAGCGAAAAGUUGUACAAAGUGAAGUUUAAGCCAAGAAAUUCGACACAAUCAACAAGCAUACAAAGUGUAGUGAGUGGUGAGAGCUUUCAGUAGAGAGUUGAAACGAGAAGCACAAAUAGGAAUGAUUUGGCAGUGAGGGGAAAAAAAAGUGAAAAAUAAACCGUAAAAGCGUGGCGCCCGUUCCAAACAGAGUCGUGAAGAUCCCCAGUAUCGAACGGAAAAAAGGUCGUCGUUGGAUAUUCAUAUAAGGUGCUCCGGCUCGCGGAAGACACAUACUCGGCCGACGUCGUCAACAUUAGCCGGAUGCCGCCAAACGGCAAAAGCUAACUAUCUCCCGGUACCUGUUCCACUAGUCACAUGAAUUACCAGUGAGCGAGAGUCUGGAGUGACGAUAAUUGUACACCAUCAGAGGACGCAAGAGGAAAUGCCAACUUGGAGUACCAUCAUCAUGCUGUGAUGCAGUUCGUGCGAGAUUAUCAAGACGUGCUGCCAAAGGUGAAAGUGUAACUGUAAAAUUGUUUGAAGUGGUGGUACAGUCGGCGCAAUCAACCCGGAUGGAUCCGUCGGAAAGCGGUGGCAAGCAUGCACUACUACUGCAGCAGUGGAAGGAAUAUCCUACCAUCAGUGCUGCCCGAAAGCAGUGAAGCGUGAAUGAUCUCUAUCCGUCCGUCGUGUUGAGGUGGGCGUUGGAUCCGGAGAAGUUGGAAGUGUUUUGAACCGUAUUACAAUCCGGCGGCCACAAGAAAAAUCUAACAAAAAGCGACGCCGUGAGUGAAAGCUCCUUCGCUCGCUGAGCGUGUGUGUGUGUGUGCGAGUGUGUGAGAGUGUAUUUACUGCACGGACGACAAGGGGUCACAGCGAGGAAUACUUCAUCCGCAAUGCCAACGACCACGGUGAAAAACGAGGCGAACGAACAGCACAGCGAUUGUGAUAAUGAGGAGGAAGAGCCCAAGGACAUGAAAAAUGCGCAUCUCAUUAUCAACGAGCUGAGGACUCGCUGUCGGAACCAGUCGGAGCAGAUCAUGUCGUGGAAGAAAGCCUACGCACUGCAGCAAGAACAAAUCCACCGGCUGCAGAAGGAGAAGGCCGAGCAGCUCAACUACCUUACCAGCCAGCUGUUGCUCCUGGAAUCGCGGAUCAUGCGCAAGCAGAAGCAAGUGUCCAACGUUCUGUACCAGCGGGAGUUGACGAUCUACCGGCAGCAGAAGAUCAUCGAAACCCUAUCUAGUCGUCUGAUUGACCACGGCAUUAUCGAUGUGGUCAUGGAUCCGGCCAUCGGUUUGGGCAACAACAACAGCAACAACAAUAGCAAUGACUUUGACUCGCUGAACGACUCCGAUUCGGCGGUCGUCCUGGAGGACGUGGAUUCGGACUGCAACAGUUCGAUCUACUUCGGUGGCGGUUCGCUCAAGUCCCGUUGCGGAGGAAACAAAAUCAACAACGAUGUGACGAUAGUGCGGUCGAUUUCGGAUGCAAUCGAGACGACCAAUUUGAAAUACAACAAUACGAGGCGGUCGAACUGCUUUCUUCGGCGACCGGAGGUGCUGGAGACUGUCUACAGUGUCGAGGAAGAUCCGGAACCUCAGGGAGGUGCUGCUGGAGGUGGUGAGAACCAGUCCGAUGCAGUCAGUGAGAGACGGGACAAAUUUAAGAACCGAACUGAGAAAUGCGUAUCGUCUGAUCAAUCGGAUGACUCGAAGGAAAACCAAAGUACAACUAAGACAAAGAUCACCAGUACAACCAUGACGACUGUUAUUAUCACCAACUCGAGUUGCGACGGGGAUUCCGACACACCUCCGGGCAAUGGCUGUAAAGUGGGAGCGGUGACAAACUACAAUCGAGUGAUGUCCAAUCACCGAUCGGUGACCAAACCGAAGGACGUCAAAUACAAACGAAUCAACAAGGCCAAAUCGAAAAGCUUGGAAGAGCUCCGGGGCCGUCUGAGGCACUGGGUUGAACGGGGAAACUGCAAUAUGAACCUGAAUCUGGACGGCAGUUUGGCUCAUCUGGAUCCAUGCCAGCUGCAGCUGCAACAAUCGCAGCAAAACCUUGCGCAGAGCUAUGCGUGACCUGAGCCAAAGCCCCACGUGAGGGGUAGCAUUUAAUGAUUAUUUAUUUUAAGAGUCUCUUUCCUUGCAUUGGGUGGUGUAUUCCUUAUAUCAUUUCUGCUGACUCGUUCGAGAUUGUGACCAGUGGAUUGUGAUUUGAAUUUUGAAGAGGCGCAGAACCUUCCGCCCGAAACCCGCAGAUAGAUGAGGUAUAACUAAACCAACUAAUUAUCAUUAAAGUGUCGAAUCCUACUUGAAUUGCUUAAAGUUGUACUGUGAAGCGAUGUUUUUAAAGUUAUUUAUUCCUUUGUAACUGUACGAGAAAGUUGAAACUCCGUGAAAGUGAAUCAAACAGAGAACAAUCAAAUUUUCUAUCAGCAACUAGAUAUUCAGAGAUUCUGACUGAGUCAGGUUACCUAAGUAAGUUUCGGAAAGUGCUCUGGAAACAUACAAACAGCAGCAGAAUGCAGUAGCUUUUGUAAUAUGCACGGAAUUCUGAAGUAUACGCCUAUGGGAGAAAACAAAAAAGAUAAGAGAUAUUUUCCUACAAACCAUUACAUACACGCAUAUAAUUGUAAACGAUAGUGAAAUGACUGCUUUUUAGGACGCAGCUCAAGUGAUCUUUCUUCCCAAAGUACGUUUCAAAGUAUCAAACAAAAGAAAAGAUAUUCAAAUUGAUUGAGAAUGAAACAAUUUAGAGUGAAUAUAAAAGGAAAAAAAAAUAACAUAGAAUCGUUCGAUUUAAGUUGAAACAAAAAAAAAUACCAGGAAGCGAGGAAAUUGUAGAAUUACAAAGCAAAAAAUAAGGAAGAUAGGUAAAUACAGCAGAUGAGUUCCGAUUAGGCACCGGGUGUAGAAAUGGGUUGCCACUUGCAGGUUAACGGCAGGUGGCAUCCUAGACCUGUAAAUAAAAUUCAAUUCAGAAGUGUAAUUGAACAAAACAAUGUAAGUCCGCGAUCCUCAAUCAUGCGAGGAAAAUAUUAUGAAAUUGUACUUAAACAUGUAGCACUUGUGUAAGAAGAAGUAAGCAGAGUAAGGAAUUAAUCUUUAACGCUAUUAGCACAGCCAGAAGCAUCAGCAACAAAACGGUAAUCAAGAUGUGUAUAAGAUGGAAACGAGUUUUGGUUGCUUAUCAAAUAAAAUUGAAAACUUUCUGUGCUCUAUGCAGAACUACGUACUCUAA